AUGGCUCGUCACCGAUUGCAGCGGCUUGAGUCCCCGUCGAGAACACUGUCGCUUUUGCUUCAUGUUGCCGGCCUUUGCUCCUUCUUUGCUUCGUUCCAGUUCUUGAGCACUCUCACGCACGAGAUCUCCAUGGGCUUUGGAGGCAACUAUCAGCAUCUCACAAACAUCGGCUUGAUUUUGUCUGCAACCACCUUUGGGAUUGGUCUGCUAGCCGACAUUACUCUGAUCCCUCAACUGUUCGCCGUCAAGAACGCUCUCUCGACUACGGCCGCUCCCCUCGAAGUCCUCAUCAGCAUCUUGUACUGGGGAAUUCGGUCAAUCGACGAGCGUCUUUUGAUUCCCGAGGGUUUCGAGCUUCACUGGCUUCCAGAUGUCGGCUUUCACCUUGUGCCGGCAGUGGUCCUGACCCUCGACUUGAUCCUGUUCAGCCCUCCAUGGACUAUCCGCGCGUACUCAGCCAUGACUAUUAGCAUGGUGUUUGCUUUCUUGUACUGGGGCUGGGUUGAGUUGUGCUUCAGCAAGAACGGAGCCUACCCGUACCCAAUCUUCGCAGUCUUGAAUACGGCACAGAGAGUAGGGUUGUUCACCUUCUCGGCCAUGUUGAUGACAUUGAGCACGAGUUUUCUCAAGUUCGUUUACGGGCGAUUCAACGGCGUUGAACGUAUGGAGAAGGAGGCUUACAAGCCCCUUAAGAAGACUUUAUAG